AUACAGGAAGAUACAAAGCGGAAGAUAAUGUGAAAAUGUAUAAAAAGGAGACAACAUCAAAAUUUAGUUAACAUAUCAGGAUAUAUCAACAUUAAGAAUCGGCAAACAUGAAGAUUUUUUCGUUUCUUUUCGCUCUUGCUUCUGUUAGCGCUGUAUCCAGCUUAUGUCUCAACGCUAUAUGCAGUAGCAAUCCCUCAAAUACAAUUCGUGGAUGCGACACGCAAGGGUGUGGCCAUCAUGGGGCGAGUAGAAGGGGAGGCACAAGGAAGCAUAAUGGAAUAGAUGUGGUCUGUACACCUGGAAGUUCUGUAUACGCACCUUUCAGUGGGACCAUUGUUCGUAGAACUAGACCGUACGCAACUGGAGGAUCUUACAAUAAUGGAUUAGUGCUCAGGGGCUCUGGUUCUUGGAAAGGAUUUGAGGCAAGAAUUUGGUACUUCACACCAAAAAGAACAAGUGGUUCAAUGACAGCUGGUGAAAAUCUUGGUCCUUAUCAAAAGUUACCUUACCGUGGUAUCACUCAACAUGUGCAUCUACAAUUGAAGAAAAAUGGUCGAUCUGUUAACCCAGCUAGUUAUGUUUGUUAAAAGAACAAUAUAAAUAUGUAUUCAAUGUGUUUAACUAGCUAGACAAGCAUUUUUUGUAAUGUAUACAUAUUUGUAAAGGCUGAAUCUAAAA